AUGUCCACUGCUGAUCUUAGUGUGGCAGCCCUUGAGUUAUUACAGAGUUUUUCCAUUGAUGUUAAAGACUUCUCUAAAGCACGAGCGCGCUAUGGAAAAGUGCAAGCAGAGUUGCUUUCAGAAGGAGGGGGAUUAUCAACAACACCAACACCUACACCAACACCAACAACUGUUGCCGAAGAAAAUGGGGAAACGACUAAUGUGGGUUUCUCAUCAGAGAAUGUUCUUCAACAACUUAAUGAAGCUUGGCAAGAGUAUUUCACACUAGCGCAGUCCUAUUUUCGAAAGGUAUCCAGCACCCUUGUAGAUGAAAUGCUGGUAAAAAUGGAAGAAAAAUCCCCUGCUUCCGAGAGAGCUGAGAAAUUAAAUGAACUUUGUGCUUUUGGUGAGAAGUGGUACGUACGAAAUGAGAAAUAUUUUAGUUUUCAAGAUACAGAAAAAUUAGUAUUAAUUGUUCAGGAAGCAUUAGAUUCCUCUAGUCGUGUAAUGCGACUUCUAGGAGUACAACUUGCCCGUAUUUGCACUCCAGAUGUGAUGUUUACACGUCUUUUCUUCUCUCGUGGUGGUAGUGAACUUAUUGGAAUGUGUUUUGAUCGUGAAAAUGCUACUGAAUUGGAGUAUGCACUUAAUAUGUGUUCACGAUUGAUUGAACUUUACGAAAUAGAUCCAAAGGCGUAUCCAAAGUUUCCAUAUGGAUGGAUGUACCGUAUUGGUUCUUUAUUGGAUUUACAAGAUCCAGUUCCAAAUGUUCCUCCUAAACGUAAAAGUCAAGCCAUUCGUAUUGCGAUAAAAUUACUUCGAAAAUUUCCAGCCAUGGCAACAGCGGCAUCUUUGCAUACAAUUCUUCUUCGUUGCUGUAUUCAAAGAGUGGCAACUACAAUGGAUGAAGUACAAAGUAUUUUACGAGUUAUUUUAGAUUUAUUUGAUCGUGUAGAGACACGACAGUACAUACGAUGUAAUGAUUUGGAUGUACUUUACGCACCAUUUCUCUAUUCUACAGAUAAAGGUAGUGAUGAAAAAAUAGCGUUAAUGAAUGGAGCCAAAGAUGUUCUUGCAAUGUUUAUGCGAAAUUGGAUUGGUGUUCUUUGGAUAUCUUCAGAGACGAGAGGAUUAAGAGCUAUUAUUGAUAUUUUACACCUUCCAGGUGAUUUAGACCGUAAAAUGGUAAUAUUAUCAUUAUUUAAUAAAAUUCUUUCUCAAUUAGCUCCUCAUCGUGGAAUGACGUUAAUGGAAAAAUGGAAUGGUAUUGAAAAUCAACGAAAAUCAACUGUAGAAGGAGAACAAAGUAAUCGAGAUAUCUCUACAAGUUUUAUAGGAGGAGAUUUUCAACAAGUACUUGGAGAAAGUACUAAAAAUAUAACUUCUUUUGAUACCAUGCUAGGGGAAUUAAUGGAAGGACAGGAAGAGUUUGUUCCCACAACAAAGGCUAUUGGUUAUCACGUACUAGAUCCACUUUUGGGAAGAGUAUUAUUAAUGCUUUCAUACUAUGGACUUCCAUUAGCUUUACUUUCUCUUAUUCAAGAUAGUUCUACAAGUCGUGUUCUCACUUUGGCGGCUUUUUCACUUUUACAGGAUAUAUCAGUAUUAAUGGAUACAGUUCUUCCAGUAGAUCCAGUGAAAAAAGUACAUACAGCACUUAAUAAAGCCGUUGGACGUCUUGCACAAGAAGGUAGUUUAUCAUUUGCUGGAGGCUUUAUUGCACGUCUCCUUAAACAGUCUAAAGCUGGAAAAGAUAUUAUAAUUUCUGCUACCCCUCCUUCUGAUAGUCUAAUAAAAAGUGAUGGAAUGAGUUCACUAUUAGGUUCAUCAUUAUCAACGUAUGAUUUAGGAUCUUUAGAAGUGGAUGAAACAGCAUUUGCACAACUAUUAUCAGAAACAAAUGUAGAACGAGCAAGUGGAUUUACUGGUUGGAAUUAUGAUUUACUACUUCUCUUAGUUCAAGGACCACUUCGAAGUAUACCUCGUUUUAGAUGGGUAAUGAACCAUACAAAUUUCUUUCAUAAAUUAAUCCUCUUUUAUUUACCUUCAUUGGAUUCACAAGUACGAAACUUUGUAUCAUUACGACCUGAGGAAUGUACCCCACAGGUUUCAGUCUUUGGAUUAGCUUUAAUGGAUUUAUUCUUAUCAUCAUGUCAAGGGGUGCAAAUACUUGAUAAAUAUAAUUUUAUUACUUCUCUUGUCAAUUGUCUUCAGGAAGUAAUUGAUGGAAAACCAUUAGUGUUAAACCGUCAACGUCUUGAUUCUCGUGUAGGAGAAACAAUACUUCGUAUGAUAGGUCGUUGUUCUUUUUAUGCAAAUGGACUUAUGACGAUGAAGGAACAUAAUAUGUUUUCUAUUAUCAAUAAUAUUUUUACUCAACUCUCUGGUGAACGAAUUACUACAUCUUCAGGAAACGAUACAUUACAAGAUGUUUGUCUUUAUUUAUUACAAUAUCUUUACAUUGGAGCUGUACCUAAUUAUGGUGUUUGUGAUGAAAUUAGACAAGCCUGUCGUUUAGCUCUUUGUAAUGAAUCUAAUUCCAUACGAUUAUGUGCAGCUACACAACUUCGUAAGGCAUUAUGGCGUGAUCUUUCUACUUCUAUGCGUUGGGGUAUAGAAACAUUGGUUCAAGCAUUACAUGAUGAUUAUUAUAAUGUUGUUGAAACUGCUUUUAAACUUUUACUUAGUAUUUGCCUAUGUUCAGAUGAGGCAUUAGAUUAUUUAAUAUCACUUUCACCUACGGUAUUAAUGGAGAGUGAUGUUAUCCGAGAGCAUGCCCAACAACUUAGUCUUAAUAUGUUAUUAUAUUGUAUAGUGGGAAGACCUUCUGGUUUUCGUUUUCUACAGUGUUAUGGUUGGGUAGAAGAAGAAUUACGCCGUUGGGAGGAAACAGAAUCAGCCCAUCACGUUUUUCUUAUUGAACGCAUGCAGUCUGGUGAGCCUGUUGAGAAUGCUGUGGAUUUCCGUGAAGGAAUGAGUGGACGUUGGCGACAACAACAACAACAUAAUCGUACCUUAUCGGAUCCUCUCACUUCUCUUUACCGUCCAGCUGUAAUAUCGCCCUCUGCGAGCACAACAAAAAUGGCUUCCUCUGGAAACGCCUCUGGAUUUUUUCCAAAUCACUUUGCGGCGGUGUUGUGUAAAUCCAAUGAGGGUUGUACAUUAUUUAAACAUAGUAAUCUCUGGCAGCGCUCCGUUAAGCGAAUAAUGGAUCAAUCCCUCCCACCGGAUAUUGUCUACGAUGAUGGAAAUGAUGCCCGCAGUGAGAGUAGUGAAGAGGAUGCCGAUAUGGCCGAGCGGGCACUGGGCGAGGAGGAUCCAUCCGUCUGGGGCCGACUCGCCGCGAAGGCGGAGACCACCGCAGCCACACGGCGAGCGGAGGUCCAUCAACUCCACUUGUUGAGAGACGGGCAUUUGCCCUCCUCGCAGUUCGCCGAGUUACUCUCCGCCUCACGCGGAUAUAAAGCCGCAGCCCAGUCGUAUCUGCUGGAAUGUGUGGGAGAUAUUACGGAACUAAAAGAUGCGAUUCUCUGUGUGUGUCAUGCCGCCUCAAGUGAUACGGGAUUUGCACUUGUGCGUACAGUGCCGGGAUUACAAAAACGUCUCAUUGCCCUCACACGAUUUGCAGCCAUUGUAACUGUACGUAGUGUUUGUUUUGUAGGUACGUGUAUAUUGGCACGAUCGAAACGAUCGGAAGAGUUAUUAUCCUCCAUGUCUUUUUACGUUUUGAAUGAGAAAAAUGCCUACACAAGUGCCGAUGGGGUUCCCUAUUCCGUCGCCUUUGCAUAUGUGGACCCCUCCAAAUGGACCUCUAUUGGUCGACGUACAAAUCAUACCAAAAUGUCCUCUCACUUCGCCCAUGUACAGGACAAUCCUAAUAACAAUAAUAAUAAUAAUAAUAAUCAUAAUAAUAAUAGUAAUAGUGGUACAACAGAUGGGAGUUUCUCUGCAGUGUUGGAGCGGGUGAGUAAUGAGACGGCAGUGAAUCCACAAUCCCGGCGUAUUUGGGAUCAAGUCUCCGCUCUCUGUAAUCCAGUCAGUCGCGAGGGGGCGAAGAAGCGACUGUACUCGCUGAUGAAACAUCAACCACAAGUGUUUGUGGAACCGAUGAUGCGCAGAAUGUUAAUGGACGCAGCCCAAACAUUUCGUAUGCGGCACACGGAGCGGAAGUUCAUUGCAGAUCUUUUAGAGAAUGCCCCACUCACUAAAGUGAAUACAGCAGGACGUCGCGCGACAAUUGUGUCGUUUCUUUCACGCUAG